GGAAAGCUCCAUGGUGAAGAAGGACUUAGGGGUGCUGGUUGACAGCUGACUUAACAUGAGCCAGCAGUGUGCCCAGGUGGCCAAGAAGGCCAACGGCAUCCUGGCCUGCAUCAGGAAUAGUGUGGCCUGCAGGAUUAGAGAGGGGAUUGUGCCCCUUUACUUGGCACCGGUGAGGCCGAAACAGAGAAUCGAAUUCAACACCAGCAGAACAAGAUAAAGAAGCUGGUACACAUGGUGAAAACACUAAAAUCUGUGAGGUUAUUUUGUAAAGAGGAGCUGAAAUAAAGCAAGGGAACUCCCCUUCAGGGUUUGAAACAUUUAUUAAGACAUUGGGAGAGGACAGAGACUACUAAAAAAGUGAGACUGAGAAUUUGCUGAAGGUGUUUAAAAAAUAAUUUUCGAGUCCUGAGUGAACCUCUACUUGUGGCAGCAUGUCAAAAAAAUUUUCUUCCCUCCAGGGAGUGAGUUCUGAUCCAGAAGUUUUAAAAAUCUUGAGAGAACGUGAAGAGCUUAAGUCAACGCUGAAAAAAUUAGAGCGCCAUGUGGCAGAAAAUCAGGGUAACAUCAAAGUUUUAACAGCUGAGCGAGAUAGAAUUCUCUGUCUUUACGAAUGGGCACAGGAAGAGAUUUCCCAACUUCGUCAGGAAGUUAUAAAAUACCCCAGAAGUCGUAGAAGAACUGUGACAGCUCAAGCUAUGUUAAGACAUGUGGAGAUAGAAAGGGAUACAGCACUGUUAGAUUUCCGAAGGAUGACUACAGAACGUGAUAGCCUCAGGGAACAGUUAAAGCUUUCUCAAGAGACUGCGUUUAAAGAAAAGGCUCAUUUGGAACAGCAAAUUGAAGAGCUCGAAACUACUAUUCAAAAUUUAGAUAGUGAAAGGUUAGAACAGAUGUCCAAAGUGGCGCUAAUGAAAGACGCUAUUGAUUCCCUGGAAACUGAGACAAAAAGAUUGGCAAGAAGAGCACUGGACUCUGAAACUGAGCUGAGCCGGCAAAAAGCUGAAUAUGUUUCACUUAGUUUAUUGCAUGAAAAGACAGAACAGAGUCUUUCAGAGACUCAGCGAAGCCUUACUAAGAAAGCAUAUGAAAUCCAAGAGAAAAUUAUGCUUUUAAAUGAAAAAAAUGAAAACUUUUCAAGACAAAGUCUUGUACAACAAGAGGAGAUUUGUGCUUUGAAAGAAACAAUUGCACGACUCAAUAAAGAGAAGGCAACUUUGCAAGGUUGUGUGGAAGAAGGAAGAGCGAAGAUCGCUACUUUUCAGGAAUGCCUGGCAACUAAAGAGAAAAUAGUUUCAGAUUUCAAGAUUCUGAAUUCUGAGUUGGAGCGUUCAAAAAAAAAAUCUGCUGAAGCACUCAGUAUCUAUGAGAAAGAUAACACCAGUCUGCGACAAGAGCUACAAGAAACCAAGCAAGUACUUGCACAGACUAACAAGAAAAGAGAAUCAUUAGCUCAGGAGAAUGACAGGUUACAAGAGCAUCUUUCUAAUAUUAAGCAAGAAAACCAGGUACUAUGUAAAAAACUAGCCCAGUUCCAAAAGGAGCUUGAUACAAAGUUGAAAGCCCAGGAUUCAAGCACAGAUAUUGUCAGGCUGAAGGGUGCACUGAAGUCUAAAGAGAGAGAGAACAGUGAGCUUCUGGAGAAUUACCACAAGGCCCGUAAACAAGGAGAAAGCUGGGAAUCAAAAUGCCAUCAAGCAGAAACAGAUUGUAGCUCUGUUAGACUCGCACUGACCAGGUCAGAGUCUGAGAACCUCAGGUUGAAAGAGAAAAUGGAGUUCCUUGAAACAGAGAUAGAACAACUGCAGAGCAAGUGCAAGUCAUCCCAUUCUGAAAUAGAGCUGCUGAGAAAACAACUGGGAAAUGAAAGAGCAUCUAUGAAAAACCUGGAAUCUUUGCUUGCAGCCAAUCGUGAGAAAGAAUUUCAGUCACAGAUAGCAAAGCAAGAAAAAGACUCUGAAAUUCAGUUUCUUAUGGAACAGCUUUCUUUAACAGAAAAUAAACUUGCUAUGCAACGACAAGAUUUAUCUCAGCUCAGAAACAGAGCAGCUGAGCUAGAGCUGGAACUGGAUUUCACCAAAAGACAGCUGGGGACUGAGCGCUUUGAAAGGGAACAUGCUGUGCAGAAACUUUGGCACCAGAAUUGUACCAUUUCAUAUCAGUUAAGCUCUACGUUAAGAACAUCGUCACCUGAACAUUCCCCUCAUUGAUCUCCUAAUCGGUCUCCGGGCUUGUCCCUGGAAGGAGGCUCCUAA